CGCAGCCGUUACCACAGCUUCCUUCAGUAACCCGAACGCUCACAGCAGCACCGCAGUAACACCAAGUGCCGCCCUCUCUUUUUUACCGCCAAUUUCAUCGGUGAGUAGCGUUUUGCCACACAUGCACCACCUACUGCAACCUGCCACUGGCAUUGGCGCUACAAAUCCACUCAACGCUGCCGCCCAGAUCGAAGCGAUCGUCAGCAAUAUGGGCGCUUCCAAGCAGGGUCACCUCUGCAUCUACUGUGGCAAGGUUUAUUCACGGAAAUAUGGACUUAAAAUUCACAUACGCACUCACACAGGCUUUAAGCCACUCAAAUGUAAAUUUUGUCUACGUCCAUUCGGUGAUCCUAGCAAUCUGAAUAAACAUGUGCGUCUGCAUAUGCAAUCGAAUGUUAGCAAUGUGCCGAUGGAGGGCUACAAGUGUACGCUGUGUAAUAAGACAUUGGCGCGAAGGCGAGAUCUCCAGCGUCACAUAGAAUCGCGGCAUUCGGCUGAUGCGGCAGGCAGUUGA